GCCUCUAAUGCAGCUUUUUCUGACGACCUACCAACGCGGCGCAGCUCUCAAGUAUGUCUUUUCAUGCUGUAUGGCAUGCUGAUUGACUGGAAGGCAACGCUGCAGCGCUCAGUGACCAAUUCAACAACUGAGGCGGAGCUGCUAGCUCUGUCGACAGCAGCCAGCGAGCUACAGGCUUGGAAUCAACUGUUCAAACACAUCAAGCUUAACCUAAAGAUAGUACCAACAAUAUAUUGCAACAACCUGCAGACAGUGGGUGUUGUCACUAAGCACGAAGACAAGCUGUUUACGCGUUUGCGUUAUGUGGAUAUC